AGAGCCACAAUGUUGACGAGGCUUUUCAGUGACCCCUCGCUGCUUCCCGACGUGCAGAAAUACUCGGGCUGGCCGGAGGACAGCGAGGACGAGGACCCCAAGAUCAAAGAUGAGGAUCAGGACACCCAGGACGGCAUGGAGGGAUCCGAGCUGAGAGGAGGCAGCCGGACGCACUCCGAGCACGCUGGGGAAGACGAGGACGAGGACGAGGUGGAAGAAGAGGACGACGGAGAGGACACAGAGGGGGACAGGCCCAAGAAAAGAGGCCCCAAGAAGCGCAAAAUGACCCCGGCCCGCAUCGAGCGCUCCAGGAUGCGACGGGUAAAGGCCAACGCGCGGGAGCGGACCCGAAUGCACGAUCUGAACUCUGCGCUCGACAAUCUGCGUAAAGUGGUUCCCUGCUACUCCAAAACGCAAAAACUUUCCAAAAUCGAGACGCUGCGGUUGGCCAAGAACUAUAUCUGGGCCCUGUCAGAGAUAUUGCGCUCUGGAAAAAGGCCCGACCUUGUGUCCUACGUCCAGACGCUGUGCAAGGGGCUCUCCCAGCCCACGACCAACCUGGUGGCGGGAUGCCUGCAGCUAAACUCCCGUAACUUCCUAACCGAGCAGCAGUGUCAGGAUGGGGGGAGGUACGGCUCCGGCUCCUUCUCCAUGCAUUCCUACCCCUACCAGUGCGCGCGCCUCUCAAGCCCCCACUGCCAGCCGGGCUCGAACUCGCAUCCGCUGAGGACGCACGGCUACUGCUCGGCUUACGACUCUCUGUAUGGUGGGAGCGGGUCCCCGGAGUAUAACAGCCCCGAAUAUGAGGGGCCCCUGAGCCCGCCCCUGUGCGUCAAUGGCAACUUUUCCCUGAAGCACCAAGGCUCUGCGUCCCCCGACAACGAGAAGGGGUACCACUACUCUAUGCAUUACUCCGGCCUGCCUGGCUCCAGACCCACGGGGCCACACAACCUGGUGUUUGGCUCCUCGGGGGCCCGGAGCGGCAUUCACUCGGAAAACGUCCUGCCUUACCACGACAUGCACUUACACCACGAACGGGCCCCCGUGUAUGAUGAACUGAAUGCGUUUUUUCACAAUUAAAAAUGAGAAGCCCAUCGCGCGACUCCUCUUUGCAAUCAACAAUCUAUCCACGGCACACUUUUUAAAAAGCUUACCUGCCAGGAUGUUCUGGAGAGAUGUUUCACUCGUUGUCAUUCAGUGUUUUUCUUUCAGUUAUUCCGUCUUUUCUUUUUCUUUUGCUAUAGUCAGAGAUGUAGUGGAGGGUAAUGGCCUACAAUGAUUCUGUGCAGCAGAAUGUAUCCAAUAAAACCCUAAAAGGAAAAAUGAUAAACAAAUAUCAACAUCUAUGAUGACGAGGGAAUAUCAAAAAUAUAAAUGUUUCUUAAAAACGUGAUUUGUGUUUGUAUCGGUGGUUGUUUUGAUGAUUUAAAGUUACCCACUUAUUUAUUUACCACUACAUCACUGGCUACGGCUACAUCUUGACAUUGGUGGCAAUUUUCUAAUAUUUGGAAAUUAGAAAUAAAUCAAUGAACAAGCUAAUGCAAAUCACAUUUACUCGCCCAAACGUGCGAGAUUUGGGAGGUUGUGGUGUUUUGGGGAAAUAUUGAAAUCUGAAGAAAUUAACAGGGAAAAAGCUGUACUGAUUAGAAAAAGUGCAAGUUUGGUUGUUUCAGAAGAGUCUGUUCUCUAGCAAAUCAAUCGUUUCGCAUCUAUGCAAAACCCAACGAGACCACAGAGCGUGGCAACAAGGCCCAGGAAGACACUGCUGUAUGUCUC